UGAGCCACACUGCUCUGAUCUCUUUGCCAUGCCAGAUAAGCAACACCGUAUACCUCCCUCAAAAACCCUAUAUAAAUAAACCCAUUUGGCCAUAAUCCUUCAACCACACCUCAUACAAAAAUCAUAAGUACCAACCAUAUAUAUACGCUAAAGUAGUCCUCCUUAAACCAAAACCUUUUAUCCCAAAUUCCGUGGCAACUCAUUAUUUGGCAUUGUUAUAUAUAUAUAUAACCUUAAUUAUUUUCUCGAUCAGGCAAGUUGCAUUAAUAAUUAAGAAUCAGUAGUAGAAUGGAUAGGGUGACGAAGAUGGCAUCAGAGAGGGCAGUGGUGAUCUUCAGCAAGAGCUCAUGCUGCAUGUGCCACACCAUCAAGACCCUCUUGUGCGAGUUCGGUGUGAACCCGGCUGUUCAUGAACUUGAUGAGAUACCAAGAGGGAGAGACGUUGAGCAAGCUCUUUCAAGGCUAGGGUGCAACCCUUCUGUGCCGGCAGUCUUCAUUGGUGGCGAGCUUGUUGGUGGAGCCAAUGAAGUCAUGAGCCUUCACCUUAACCGCUCCUUGAUCCCAAUGCUUAAGAGAGCCGGUGCUCUUUGGGUUUGAGAGCUAGAAAUUAAACAAAUAAACUAAUCACCAUGAGGAGGAGUACUAGGGACCAGCAGAUUUCGUGAGUUGUAGCCAUCAAUUAGUCAUUAAUAGUGUAUUUAAUGGUGUGAGAUUUUAUUUAAUGAUGGAAAAUCACUCAUUUUCUUUUUACUGGCCAAAUUUUAAUAAAUCUACUGCCGCUAGAGUUUCCCUUAUAUUAUUAUAUGGCUGGGUUCGGAUAUAUACUAUAAAGUGCAUGUAUAUUAGCAUUAUAUGGUCUAUAUAUGGUACUAAAAAUAAUAAUAAGGCUAAUAAUUAACUUGACUGAUCGACGUGUAGUUUUUUAAGCCUUCUUCCUUUUUUCUUUU